AGUUAUUUGGUAACGUUCGGUUGGCGAGGAUAGUUUCGUGCUCUGUUCUGGAGGCGUUCCCGGUUAUUUUGUGCGGAUUUUGAGUGCUGAACAAGAACUUAGUGACUUUGAAUAAUUUUUUUUUAUCCAGGAUUCUACCAUUCUAAAAGUUAAGCGGUAUUCGAAUGAUAAGUUUGUGAUUCAGUGAAGUGGGUGAAUAUUCUGUUUUGAUUAUCAAGAAGCCGGAUCUUCAUCUGAAUGACGUGCCUUCCCCCUUAAAAAAUCUACCAAUCCGGUUGGAAAUGUGAACUGCAAGCGCCGUGAACCGUUUGUCCCUUCCAAUUGAUGCUGACUGCUGCUCAAAAAUUCCAUUCCAUUCUAUUUUAAUAUUUAUAUUGUUCAUUUAUUCGUCUAACGUUCGCCCAUCUACAAUAGUUUAAUGUGAACUCGACACAACUAAAAAAAACAAGAUUCGCGAUGAUUGCGGCAUUCGUCUGAUUCGGAAACCCUCCAACAUGUUCCCAAGGUGCGCGUAGAUUCGUAGGCUUAGUUUCACAGCAGAACGCAGAACAACAGUCAAGUACAAGGUGUGGAAUCGUUGAGAUAGAUCAGCGAACACAGGCGUUCGUUCGUACGACCGGGGAUGACUGCUGACGCGCUGCCGGUUCCAAGUGCAGUGUUAAUGAACAAGCAAACAAUAUAAGCGCACUGCUGGAAUUUCGACGUCAACAACAAAAGUCACAUUUGAGGCUCGAUAAACCUCCCCCCCAGAUCAAUUCCUCACCGGAAAGGGAGGGAAAACUCAUCACAUCUUGUUUAGGCACAGUGUACGACAAGAAGUCACCUCCGAGAACCGAGAACUGCGUGCAACCAAUCCGAAGCCGAAUAAUGUUGGGAGCGAUGGGAAAGCUGCCGAUAGUGCUUGUGAUUCUAUCGAUACAUUUCAUUGUUGCACUGGCUCAGCAGGAAGUAAUCCUUUCAAUCGAUGAUCCCGAUAAGACACAAUACCACGAAGCCAAUUUCAAUACAAGUUCCUACGAAUUCGGAUACGAAGUUGGACCCAAUGGCCAGUUUCAUCACGAGACUCGUGGUCCCGACGGAGUCACGUACGGUUGUUACGGAUACAUUGACCCGAAUGGAAAACUGCGAGUGACGCACUACGUAGCAGACUCUCAUGGGUAUCGGGUGGUGGAACCAAACUAUCCUGUAGAAGUAUUUGGCGAUGCUCCAGUCCAAAACAGCAAUGCCAUCACCGAAGAUGAUCCUCCAUCCGGAAAACGUGGUAAACUAAUUCCGUGGCGCGACCUUUAUCUGCCUAGAGGAUGUGGAAUGUAUCCGGGAGGACUAAGACCGGAAGGCCCGCCUGUGAAGCCACCCGCCACGACUGCUGCACCUGUAAGACCCGGCGGCACCGGCACUACUGGUGGAAGUGGAACUGGUAACCCUCAAGCUCCUGGAGGAAACCCAACGAAUCGACCGGGAGGACAAAGACCCGGGCAGGGAUCCACUCAGCCUGGUGCUGGGCAAGGACAGAAUCAAGGACAAGGGCAAGGUCAGGGUCAGUGGCAAGGACAGGGUCAGGACCAGGGACAAGGACAAAAUCAAGGACAAGGUCAGUGGCAAGGGCAAGGACAAGGACAGGGGCAAGGACAGGGACAAGGACAUGGACAAGGACAGGGACAAGGUCAGGGACAGAACCAAGGACAGGGUCAGUGGCAGGGACAAGGACAAGGACAGGGUCAGGGUCAGUGGCAAGGUCAAGGAACAGGUAGUAAUCGUCCAGGACAGGGAGGUCAAGGAGGGCAAGGAGUACAAGGAGGACAAGGAGGACAAGGAGGACAAGGAGGACAAGGAGGACAUGGAGGACAUGGAGGACAGGGAGGACAUGGCGGACAAGGAGGACAUGGAGGACAGGAAGGACAUGGCGGACAAGGAGAACAUGGAGGACAUGGCGGACAUGGAGGUCAUGGAGGUCAUGGUGGACAAGGAGGACAAGGCCAGGGACAGAACCAAGGACAGGGUCAGGGGCAAGGACAAGAUCAAGGUAAUCGUCCAGGACAAGGAGGUCAAGGAGGUCAAGAAGGUCAAGGAGGACAUGGAGGACAUGGAGGACAUGGUGGACAAGGAGGACAAGGUCAGGGACAGAACCAAGGACAGGGUCAAGGACAAGGUCAAGGAACAGGUAGUAAUCGUCCAGGACAAGGAGGACAUGGAGGACAUGGUGGACAAGGAGGACAAGGAGGACAUGGUCAGGGACAGAACCAAGCACAGGGUCAGGGACAAGGACAAGGUCAAGGUAAUCGUCCAGGACAAGGAGGUCAAGGAGGUCAAGGAGGACAUGGAGGACAUGGAGGACAUGGUGGUCAAGGAGGACAAGGUCAGGGACAGAACCAAGGACAUGGUCAGGGACAAGGACAAGGUCAAGGAACAGGUAGUAAUCGUCCAGGACAAGGAGGACAUGGAGGAAAUGGUGGACAAGGAGAACAAGGUCAGGGCCAGGGUCAGGGACAAAACCAAGGACAAGGUCAAGGUAAUCAUCCAGGACAAGGAGGUCAAGGAGGACAUGGAGGCCAUGGUGGACAAGGCCAAGGUCAGGGACAGGGACAGAACCACGGACAGGGUCACGGACAAGGACAAGGUCAAGGAACAGGUAGUAAUCGCCCAGGACAAGGAGGUCAAGGCCAGAGUCAGGGACAGAACCAAGGACAGGGUCAGUGGCAAGGACAAGGUCAGGGACAAGGACAAGGUCAGGGACAAGGACAGGGUCAGGGUCAGUGGCAAGGUCAAGGAACAGAUGGUAAUCGUCCAGGACAAGGAGGUCAAGGAGGACAAGGAGGACAAGGUCAGGGUCAGGGACAGAACCAAGGACAAGGUCAGGAACAAGGACAAGGAACAGGUGGUAGCCGUCCGGGGCAGGGUGACCAGGGAUCUGGCGGUAUUCGUCCUGGACAAGGACAGGGACAGGGACAAAAUCAGGGUCAAGGCCAGGUGCAGGGACAAGGACAAGGUCAAGGUCAAGGCCAAGGCCAGUGGCAAGGACAAGGUACAGGUGGCAAUCAACCAGGACAGGGUCAGGGACAAGAACAAGGUCAAGGCCAAGGUAAUAACCAAGGCUCAAAUCAGAAUCAAACUGGACAAAGUCAACAGCAGGGAGGAAGUUGGCAAAAUCAGAAUCAACAAGGUCAAAGUCAAGGACAGUCACCACCUUCCGGACCAGGACAUCAUCAUCAGGGGCAACAUCAAAGUUCCCAUCAUGGUCAGAUAAGUUCAGGUCAGCAUCAAGGGCAACAUCAAGGAACCCACCAAGGUGCUGGCCAGGGAUCACACCAAGGGCAGCACCAAGGGUCUCAUCAGGGAACCAUCAGUUCUAGCGAGCAUCAAAACCAACAUCAAGGCAGUCAUCAGGGCACUUCCGGGCAGCAUUCUGGACAAAAUCAAGGCUCUCACCAAGGACCCAUAAGUUCAGGGCAGCAUCAAGGUCAGCACCAGGGUAGUCACCAGGGGGCUGGUCAGGGAUCCCAUGAAAGUCAACAUCAGGGAUCGCAUCAAGGACCAAUAAGUUCGAGUGAACAUCAAAAUCAGCAUCAAUCAAGUCAUCAAGGAACAUCCGGUCAGCACAGUGGACAGCAUCAAGGUUCUGCUCAAGGUCCAAUUAGUUCAGGCCAGCAUCAAGGGCAACAUCAGGGCAGUCACCAGGGUGCUGGCCAGGGAUCUCACGGAAGCCAACAUCAAGGAUCGCACCAAGGCCCGAUAAGUUCGAGUGAACAUCAGAAUCAACAUCAAUCAAGCCAUCAAGGAACAUCUGGUGAGCACAGUGGACAGCAUCAAGGCUCCGCUCAAGGUCCAAUCAGUUCGGGCCAACACCAGGGACAGCAUCAGGCGAGCCACCAAGGCAACCAGGGUUCGCAUGAGAGCCAGCAUCAGGGAUCUCACCAGGGUCCAAUUAGCUCCAGUGAACAUCAACAUCAGCACCAGGGUAGUCAUCAGGGGCUGGGUCAGGGGGAACACCAGGGGCAACAUCAGGGUCAGAUUCAGGGACCGAUAAGUUCUGGACAGCAUCAAGGGGGCCACCAGAGUAGUCAUCAGGGUGGUACUGGUCAACAUCAAGGACAGCAUCAAGGAUCACACCAAGGGCCGCUGGGGACGAUUGAACACAACGUACAAAUAUCGUGGACUCAUCAGAAACCUGGUCAAAAUCAAACUACAGGCCAAGGUCAGGGUCAAGGUCAAGGCCAAGCACAAGGGCAAGGCCAAGGUCAAGGACAAGGCCAGGGACAAGGUCAAGGCCACGGUCAAGAACAAGGACAAAGUCAAGGUCAAGGCCAAGGACAAGGACAAGAACAAGGUCAAGGACAAACUCAAGGACAGAUUCAAGGACAAGGUCAAGGACAAAGUCAAGGACAGAUUCAAGGACAAGGGCAAGGUCAAGGACAAGGCCAACAACAAGGACAAGGACAAGGUCAGGGUUCAGGAAGCCAACCUGGCCCCGGCGUUACCCAAGGACCGGGAAAUCGUCCGGGUCAAGGUCAACAACAAGGGCAAGGUGCAGGGCAGGGUCAAAAUCAGAACCAACAACAAGGUCAAGGCCAACAACAAGUGACUGUACGGCCCACAGGAGUACACAUUGGCAUUGGACCACAAGUAGCGAGCAAUGGGGGCCUUGGCGCAUCGAUUAGUAUAGGUGGACCACUUGGUGGCUUCACUGUGGGAACUGACAUCUCUCAGACAGGAGUAAGUGGCAUGAUAACAACAUCCCACAACACUUCGUCCAAUACGGGAUCGACGAGUAUCGGUGGAACUGUUGCAACUACUGGCGUUGAAGUUAGCACCAGUCAUAACUCGACUGGUGAUAUUUUUGGUGCUUCCUUUAAUCAUACAUCGGUAAGCAGCGGGUCUCUUGCCGGGCAAGGAGUUCAGGGCACAAACACCGGCUCAAUAAAUGUCAACAGUACGUAUUUGACGGCUGUUGGGGAGACAAACGUAACAGGUUCAAUUCAAGGAAGCCAAAUCACCGUCGAGGGUAUGCUGAAUCAUACUGAGGUUCUCACAGCUGGAUCUGCAAACGUAAGUAAUACUUCGGGAGGUUCGUUAGAAGGAUCCACUAAUACCGGAAGCAUCAACGCUGAAGUGAGUGGGAUGCUUGCGACGAAUGUCAGUAUAAAUGCGCCAACCUCCGGGACCCAACAAGGUAGUGUUACAAUCGGCGGUGUCGGUAGCGUAGAUAUUGGUAGACCCCCUCAAGAAACUUCAACUGAGAGUCCAUAUGGACCCCGACCUACGCAAGCUCCAACACCGGUGUAUACCACACCUCCUCAAACAUAUCCAACCACUGCGAGCGGAGUACAGCCACCAACACGUCCAAUCGACACCGGCUCGCCUCCUUCCAGUGGGAACAACAAUCAGUACCCGUCCUAUCCCAAUUAUGCUGUUGCGGUGUCCCAGUAUCCUUACUUCUUCCUCCCAUAUCCAUACCCUCCCCCUAAUAUUCCUCAGGCUCCUUGUAACUGCCCUCAGGAUCAGAAUCGCCCAACCCAGCCAAUGGGAUACCUUGGAUUCAUCCCGGUGAUCUACGUGCCGAACUGUAACAACGUUCAACGGAGUGACCUCCCCACUCACAUAAACUUCCCCGUAGCAUCACCACCAACGGGCACAGGACGAGCUCUAGACGAAACAUCACAGCCACUACCACUGCCACUGCAGCAACUAGUCCAGAGCGAGGACGGAAGCUGGACGCUACAGCAGCCACCGGUUCGCCAGAACCGAACACGCCGAUUACGGAAUCGUCGUCUGCCACUUCUGAGGAAGCAGAACGUGGGCAGAGCCGAGGUCUAGCCAUUUCACAUACACACACACGUACAUACUUUCUGUUGAUAGUUGAUACGCAACCUACGAGGAAAGACUGGACUGGAUGGUGAUAAAUGCGUCUGCUCAGAGACGAUGUGGACGUGAGGAGAAGAAAAAAUACUCAUCGAUUUUAAGUAUUGCGCGCCGUGAAUAAUAGCUGUCAGAAACGAAAAGACAAUAAAAGUAUCCUUUCGACUGUGA